CCCUUUCCUCUUCAUCCCCCCUCCCCUCCCUCCGCACGCCGCUCCCAAGCUCCUGCCCUACCCGACCUCCAAUCCCACCCAAUGCGGCUCUAAAAAUAUCUCACUCGCUCCGCCACCGCCGACCCCCAGACCUACCGCCGCGCCGUAGCCCGGCGUCGCCGCCUCCGCCUCUAGCGCUCCCCGCCGCCGCGGCUGCCGUCGCCGUUCCCGUUCUACCCCGUCGCGUCCCUGCUGCCCACACCCCGUCCGCGGCCUCGGCCAGUGGUUUUCGAGGAAAGAAGGCGGGGGCGCAUGGGGAGGUAGGCGUCGGUCGCUGCUGGAGUGAAUUUUGGCUGCCGGAAAUGGUGCUGGUGGUGAAGCAGCACCGCUGCACGCACUCGGCGUCCUGCUCCUGCACCAAGGGCCACCUCAGCGAGGACGCUCUGUUCCUCGUCUUCCGCCACAUGAACUGGAACCCCAGGCUGAUCGCCAACCUCUCCUGCGUCUGCAAGUGGUUCGACGAGGUCGCCAAGCAAGUGCUGUGGAAGGAGUUCUGCCAUGCCAGGGCGCCCAAGAUGAUGCUGGAUCUGCAUUCCGACGGCAGCCACAUUGUCGACGGCAACUGGAAGGCGCUCGGGAAGCUGCUGAUCUACUGCAACGGCUGCACAAAGGGGGGCUUGUUCGGAAACAUCCAUGUCCCCGGACACUUUGUGUUCAGGACGCGCUUCUCAAGGACCGCAGGCAAGAGCUUCCUGCCUCUGCAGUGUAGGAUGGAUGUCUUGUAUGUGUCCGAUCCGUGCGAACAUCUUGACCAGGGGGAAGAAGGCGACCUGGGUUUUUUCCGUGGCAUCUUCAAGUCGUUUGCCACUUCAAGGGUCAAGAAGAUCCUGAUUGAGAAGCAGGCUAGGUUCCAUCCAACGGAGGUUUGCCCCUAUUGCAAGGCUAAGCUAUGGAACAUGCUGCAUGCUGAUAUGAUGCCGGCGAGUGCUUCCGCCAGGCUGGGUGCUUACGAUGAUUCCGUGGAGUACUUUGUAUGCCUGAAUGGACAUGUUAUUGGAUUGGGUACCCUGUUACCUCUCUCGGAUUCUGAGGAGGCACCGGAGGAGUAAUCAUCAGGAACAGUGAUCAGGUUUGCAAGAUGGAGUCCUGGGGAGAAGGCAUGGGCGCGGCAAAGCUGCAAGGCGACAAAAACGUGCAGCUAGCUUUGCAUCUAACCGCAGUGUUGUCCGUACUGGUGCAUCAGAUGAAAAUGCUGUUUCUCUGUGGUUCUUCUCUGUUUGUUGAUCGAUUCUCUGUUGUUCUCGUCAUUGUAAUGACCAUGCCGACCUUUCGCUUUGUCCUUCAUGUGCAGAGCAUAUGUAGCAAGGUGUGAUGAGACCGAGUUGUAAAAUUGGUGCCCAUAUUGGACCUCAUAUAUUCAUGUGCUGUUCCUAGC